AUGGAUGGCAGGUUGCUCGCCCUGGACCCACCCACGCCCUCCAGCUACCUGGCCCAGGCGCCGCGCGGGGCCUACACCGCGCUGCGCCUGCCCCGCCCCUUCUUCGCCGUCGACUGGGCGCAGCAUGUGGCGCGCCUGGAGCAGUCCAUCGGGCUGCUGCACGAGGCUGGCCUGGUGGACUACGGCGCCUGGCACGGAAUGGAAAGCGAGAAAGGAAACACCCUCGCCGACCUGCUCCUCCUGACGGCCCAUUCAGCCCUGAGGGCCCUGCCUGCCCCGGGCGGCCCCGCCUGCCUCGUGCUGCUGGCCUGCCCCGGCGCGCCGCUCCAGGUGCACGCCGUGGCCCAGCCGCUGGUGGCCGACCCGUACUGCACGGUCCCGCCCGGCUGGGCGGCGGUGCUGGGGCCGGGGCGCGCGCUGCCCCUGGCCAAGGACUCGGCCUGGGUCCGGGAGCGCGCGCCGCUGGAGGGCCUCAGGCGGCCUGGCGUGGUCGAGGUCCUGCUGGCCGACGCGGCCGGCGGCCUGCUGGAGGGCUUGGUGACUAAUUUCUUUGUCAUCAGCGGCCCAGCCACCGCCUCGCAGCGGGCGUCGGACUACACACUCCAGACCGCCGGCGAAAAGGAUGGCGUGCUGGCCGGGACGGCGCGGCGGGCGGCCCUCCGCGCGGCGGCGGCAUGCGGCCUGACCGUGUUGGAGCAGCCCCCAGAUCCCUCACAUCGCAGUGCCUGGAGAGAGGCCUUCCUCACCAACAGGUACACUUUUGUUGCGGGGCGCCUCUACAAAAGGGUCCCGUCAUUGCGGCACAGCAAGCUCAGGGAGUCCCUGCGACAACUGCCUCCGCCACCCCUGCUCAUCACUCCCACCCAACCCGUGCAGCCUGCGGGGCUGCCAGAACCUCACCAGGAUCGUGAGGCCGGGGCAUUGGGCCGUGGACCUGCCACCCUUUAG